AUGAAAUCUCAAUUAAGUGGUCCGGUUCAAAACGCAAUUAAUUUUAUAAUUGAUCAAGGAAAUUACAAAACCCCUCCGGAAAUAAGUAUAAGUGAAGGUUCUCAAGAAGGUGACGGUUAUUCAUCAAAAACGUACGCGGUUACAAUUAAAGAUAAAAAUCGUAACGAUUCGUUAAAUCUUUUUAUAAAAUAUUUACUCGAUGUAGUUAAAGAGGACUGGAUUGAUACGCUUCAAAGUGUUUAUAAUGCUGAGCAUCAAUUCUACGGUGAAAUUUAUCCGGUUCUUGAUAAAUUUCAAAAAAGUAAACACAUAAAGAAUCCUUUUGAUAACGUACCAAAAUAUUUUAAAGUUAAUUUAAAUAAUGACGAUAUCAAACCGAUUGUGUUGGAAAAUUUACGAAGUUUAGGAUACACUUUAAGAGAUAGAAAGAAAAUUAUCGACGAUGCUCAUUUAAGAUUACCAAUAGAAGCUUUCGCUAGGUAUCACGCUAUUUCUUACGCUAUGAAAGAUCAAGAACCUGAAAAUUUUAAGAAAUUAACUGCUGGGGUUGAAGAUGUCUUCAGCAAAAAUUAUAAAAAAUUUGGAAUGGAUACCAUGAUAAAGCAAUGUUUGAAUCAAUUUUUAAAUAGUUUAGAUCAAAAAAUGGAUCAGGAAAUGUUGGAACGUUGUAAAAAUUUAGACGAGAAAUUGCUUCAAUUUUUUGAUGACUUAGUAGAUAAUGUUGAUGAAUAUUCAGAGAGGUGA